UUCUGCCCUGUGCCUCGGUGCCUGUGGCCUGAGCCCCCUGGUCAAUCCCUGUACUCAGUAACUGGGGCCAAAUGACUGCCCCCCUUCUGGCAGUGGGCUGGACCCGCCGGCCAGCGGGAGCCCCCUUGGCAGAGGCUGGUUGUAAAGGAUCAUCAAGUGGGCGGCGUCUGGCUGGGGCGAAGGUCGCUGAAGUAGGAACUGCGCCAGUCCUGGACGCCAAACCCACUCGGACCCUCCCGCCAGGUGACAGCCGCCAAGAUGGGGUCUUGGGCCCUGCUGUGGCCUCCCCUGCUGCUCACCGGGCUGCUUGGCCGACCCCCGGGGGCCGUGGCCCAGGCCCAGUACUGCUCUGUGAACAAGUCCUUCAUUGAAGUCGAGGAGAACUCAAAUGUCACCAAGCCGCUGGUGGACAUCGAUGUCCCGGAGGGCCAGGAGGUGAUCCUCGGGUCCUUGUCCACCCCCUUCGCAUUUCGGAUCCAGGGAAACCAGCUGUUUCUCAACGUGACUCCUGAUUACGAGGAGAACUCACUACUUGAGGCUCAGCUGCUGUGUCAGAGCGGAGGCACACUGGUGACCCAGCUGAGGGUGUUCGUGUCAGUGCUGGACGUCAAUGACAACACCCCCGAAUUCCCCUUUACAACCAAGGAGAUAAGGGUGGAAGAGGACACUAAAGUGAACUCCAUCGUCAUCCCUGAGACAGAACUGCAGGCCGAGGACAAAGACAAGGAUGACAUUCUGUUCUACACCCUCCAGGAAGUGACCGCAGGUGCUAGUGACUACUUUUCCCUGGUGGGUGCAAACCACCCCGCCCUGAGGCUAGACCGGACCCUGGACUUCUACGAGCGGCCGAACAUGGCCUUCUGGCUGUUGGUGCGGGACACUGCCGAGGAGAAUGUGGAGCCCAGCCACACGGCCACCGCCACGCUGGUGCUGAACGUGGUGCCUGCCGACCUGCGGCCCCCCUGGUUCCUGCCCUGCACCUUCUCAGACGGCUACGUCUGCAUCCAAGCUCAGUACCACGGGGCUGUCCCCACGGGGCACAUACUGCCAUCCCCCCUCAUCCUGCGUCCUGGACCCAUCUACGCUGAGGAUGGAGACCGCGGCAUCAACCAACCCAUCAUCUACAGCAUCUUCAGUGGAAACGUGAACGGUACAUUCGUCAUUCACCCAGACUCCGGCAACCUCACCAUGGCCAGGAGUGUCCCCAGCGCCACGACCUUCCUUCUGCUGGUGAAGGGCCAGCAGGCCGACCUUGCCCGCUACUCAGUGACCCAGGUCACCGUGGAAGCUGUGGCUGCAGCCGGGAGCCCACCCCACUUCCCCCAGAGCCUGUACCGUGGCACCGUGGCACUUGGCGCUGGAGCAGGUGUUGUGGUCAAGGAUGCAGCUGCCCCCUCUCAGCCUCUGAGGAUCCAGGCUCAGGACCCGGAGUUCUCAGACCUCAACUCGGCCAUCACGUAUCGAAUUACCAACCACUCACAUUUCCGGAUGGAGGGAGAGGUUGUGCUGACCACCACCACACUGACCCAGGCGGGGGCCUUCUACGCAGAGGUUGAGGCCAACAACACGGUGACCUCUGGCACUGCGACCACAGUCAUUGAGAUACAAGUUUCCGAACAGGAGCCCCCCUCCACAGGUAAGCCCCCAUCCCCAGAGGCUGGAGGAACAACUGGGCCCUGGACUAGCACCACUUCCGAGGCCCCCAGACCCCCUGUGCCCUCCCAGGGAGCCUCCACAACCAGCUCUGGGGGAGGUACAGGCCCUCAUCCACCCUCUGGCACAACUCUGAGGCCACCAACCUCGUCCACACCUGGGAGGCCCCUGGGUGCAGAAACCAGCACCUCCCACCAACCAGCCACACCCGGUGGCGCCACAGCACAGACCCCAAAGCCAGGAACCUCUCAGCCGAUGCCCCCCGGUGUGGGAACCAGCACCACCCACCAACCAGCCACACCCGGUGGGGGCACAGCACAGACCCCAGAGCCAGGAACCUCUCAGCCGAUGACCCCCAGCAGGAACACCCCAUCCUCAGGUGGCGGCCGCUCGGAGGACAAGCGCUUCUCGGUGGUGGACAUGGCAGCCCUGGGUGGGGUGCUGGGUGCACUGCUGCUGCUGGCUCUCCUUGGCCUCACGGUCCUUGUCUACAAGCACUACGGCUCCCGGCUCAAGUGCUGCUCUGGCAAAGCUCUGAAACCCCAGACCCCAGGCUGUGACAACCAGGCGUUCCUCCCUGACCACGAGGCCAACUGGGCGCCUGCCCCCAGCCCCACGCGCGACCCCAAGCCCGCAGAGGCAUCGCCGACGCCCGCGGAGCCCGCACCCCCCGACCCCGCGCCCCCAGGCAGUGCCCCUGAAGCCCCAGCAGCGGCCCAAGCCGGGGGAAGCCCUGCAGCGGUGAGGUCCAUCCUGACCAAGGAGCGGCGGCCGGAGGGCGGGUACAAGGCCGUGUGGUUCGGCGAGGACAUCGGGGCGGAGGCAGACGUGGUCGUUCUCAACACGCCCACCCUGGACGUGGAUGGCGCCAGCGACUCCGGCAGCGGCGACGAGGGCGAGGGCGCAGGGCCGGGCAGGGGUCCCCACGAUGAGCCCCAGGGCGACGACUCCUACAUCUAAGCGGCCCCUCCACCCUCUCCUCCUGCCGCGCGGGCGCUACAGGUCCCGCUCCCCUAACCCCCGACCCAAGGCAGAAUAAAGCGAGGCUCCCGAAACCCAGGCCGUGGAGUGGGGCGGGCGCGCGGGUCCGUGCGGGCCCCAUUUGCUC